CCGACGCUCAGCAUGCUGCAUCCAGAUGCGCGCUCAUCUGCACGCUGUGGGGUUACCUGGAUUUACAUGCAUUUCCCGUACACCGCUUUUGCAUGACCGUCGAACCGAUUGAAGGGAGCAAGGUAUUGCUGACGCAUCUCAAUGUUUGAACCGGGGGAGAGAGGCACGUCCCAAGUGUCAAAUGAGAUAUAACCUGUCCUGCAGAUGCGCCGUCACUGUUUUGCCUCCAGUGGCACCCCAAGUGAAUGAGAUUCAUGAUUCAUUCCUCUGUUUUCACGGGCUAUCCUUGAUCACAGCUCCUCUUCUUGUUCAAAAUGGAAAGAUUUCAGUCUAACAUGCGCAAACGGUUGUACAGCCUGCCGCAAAACAUUGGGCAAAAACCCUUCGUGAUUGACGAAGGAGACAACGGCGACAAGGACACUAAGAGGAAAAGUAUUCGGCUAAAACAUUUGCCCUCCCCGUCUCCUGCAAGCAGUUGCAAGAGCAUUGAGGAGGCCAGGAGCGAAGACUUGGGAAGGGACGUUACUGUGAAGACUAACUUGAACGGGGACUGUCGCUUAUUCCGGGGCAGCAUCUCCUCCAUCACCGGGCGGCAUCAUCCCGGGUCAGAUCCCGCGGAGCAGCGGCGACUCAUCCCUGGAGCCAGCGAGAGUUUCCCCGGUGAGCUGAGCCCCGGGGCCCAGCAGCGGGCAGCGGGAGGUCUGAGUGUCACGGCCGGGCAAGAAUCAACGUUUGACCAGUCAAGUUUCAUCAAGUUAGAAGGAACCGAUCAAAUCAUACCUGAGGAUGACCGGCUGUACCAAGCCGGCUUCAUGCACCGGCAGUUUGGGGCGAUGCUCCAACCAGGAGUCAACAAGUUCUCCCUGCGGAUGUUGGGGAGUGAGAGGGCCGUGGAGCACGAGAGGGAGCGAGUGAAGUCUGCUGGCUUCUGGAUAAUCCACCCGUACAGUGAUUUUAGGUUUUACUGGGAUCUGACCAUGCUGCUGCUGAUGGUGGGAAACCUCAUCAUCAUCCCUGUGGGCAUCACCUUCUUCAAGGACGAACACACGCCGCCCUGGAUCGUCUUCAACGUGGUCUCGGACACCUUCUUCCUCAUGGACCUGGUCCUCAACUUCCGCACAGGUAUCGUGAAGGAGGACAACACGGAGAUCAUCCUGGACCCGCAGAAGAUCAAGAUCAAGUACCUGAAGACCUGGUUCGUGGUGGACUUCAUCUCCUCCAUACCCGUGGACUACAUCUUUCUCAUCGUGGAGACGCGCAUUGACUCAGACUUUUACAAGACGGCCCGAGCCCUGAGGAUCGUCCGCUUCACGAAGAUCCUCAGUCUGCUGCGGCUGCUGCGCCUCUCCAGACUCAUCCGCUACAUCCACCAGUGGGAAGAGGUUUUCCAUAUGACCUAUGACCUGGCCAGUGCCAUGGUGCGCAUCAUGAACCUGAUCGGUAUGAUGCUGCUGCUGUGCCACUGGGAUGGCUGUCUGCAGUUCCUGGUCCCCAUGCUGCAGGACUUCCCCCACGACUGCUGGGUCACCAGGAACAAGAUGGUGAAUGACACCUGGGGUCAGCAGUACUCCUACGCCCUGUUCAAGGCCAUGAGCCACAUGCUGUGCAUCGGGUACGGCCUGUACCCCCCCAUCGGCAUGGCUGACGUGUGGCUCACCAUCCUCAGCAUGAUCGUGGGCGCGACCUGCUUCGCCAUGUUCGUGGGCCACGCCACUGCCCUCAUCCAGUCCCUGGACUCCUCACGGAGGCAGUACCAGGAGAAGUAUAAGCAAGUGGAGCAGUACAUGUCCUUCCACAAGCUCCCUGCCGACAUGCGCCAGAGGAUCCACGAGUAUUACGAACACCGAUACCAGGGCAAGAUGUUUGACGAGGAGAGCAUCAUGGAGGAGCUGAACGAGCCACUAAGAGAGGAGAUUAUCAACUUCAACUGUCGUAAACUGGUGGCCUCCAUGCCUCUGUUUGCCAACGCUGAUCCUAAUUUUGUCACCUCCAUGCUGACAAAGCUGCACUUUGAGGUCUUCCAGCCGAGCGACUACAUCAUCAGAGAGGGAACCAUCGGAAAGAAGAUGUACUUCAUCCAGCACGGCGUGGUCAGCGUCCUCACCACGAGCAGCAUCAUCUGCGGGGUCCAGCCCUCAGACACCAAGCUGUCCGACGGCUCCUAUUUUGGAGAGAUCUGCCUGCUGACCCGAGGUCGGAGGACGGCCAGCGUGCGAGCGAAUAACUACUGCCGGCUGUACUCUCUGUCGGUGGAUAACUUCGACGAGGUGCUGGAGGAGUACCCCAUGAUGAGGAGGGCCUUCGAGACCGUGGCCCUCGACCGCCUGGACCGCAUCGGUAAGAGGAACUCUAUUCUUCAGAGUAAAGUCCAGCAUCACCAAUCUGCUGGCGCACUAAACUUCCAGGAAACGGAGAUCAUCCAAAGAAUCGUGCAGCACGACCGCGACAUGGCCCAAUGCACACAGCUGAUCCAGGGCAGCCUACAGAGCCAACACACUCUGCCGCCCCCCCCCUCGCCCACCCCGGUCAUCUGGGCCCCGCUGAUCCAGGCCCCGCUCCAGGCUGCUGCCACCACCACCCCUCUGGCCCUGGCCUUGGCCCACCACUCCCAGCUGCCCCCCAUCCUCUUCCACCAUCCUCUGACCCCCGCUCCCCUGAAGGACCCGUCGUUCCAUCAGAAGAUAGUCCACAUCGGAGCCAACACGUCCAGUAGCUAUGUCCCUGGUUCUCCUUCCAGCUCCAUCAAUUACAGAUCUGGGAUUGAGACUCCCCCUCUGGCGUCCCUCAGGCCGCAGCACCUCAUCGCGGGGUCCGUGACCCCCACCCUGACGUCCCAGCCCAUCUUCACCAGCAGCCUGCAGCCUCUGGCCCCCCCGCCCUCACACCAGCUCCCGCUCCAUCCUCCCCACUCUGGCAUAGCCUCAGUGUUCCCCAUGAGCCAGACCACCGUCUCCUACACCUGCUCUGCUCAGCUCCACCCUCAGCCCUUCCACGGGGUCAUGACCACCUCACCACACCCCAUAGGUUUACUCCAGCAGGGGGCACCAGGGAGGUUUUCAGGGAGGUUCGCAGCCCCCUCUGCCUCCACCAUAAGCCCUCUCAUCUGCAGCUCAGUGGGCCCAUUAAUCAGCCAGCUGCAGCCGCCCUCACACGGCACGCAGCAGAUGGGGUUCGCUCACGACAGAGCGUUCAGGAUGUCCAGCGGUCCGUACCUCUCACAUCUCCCUUUCAUCCCCAGCACUCAGUCCUUCGCUGGAUUUAUGCAUCCAGUGUCAGCAGUCGGAGGGGGGGCCGCAGCCUCCCUGGCGCAUCAGAGCCUCGCAGGCCUGCAGUCUGUUUUCCUCCCCCAGUUUCUCCCCGAGCAUUCGGCCCUGGCCUCCCUGGCUCAGUACGGCUCUGGUGAAGUCUCGCCCUGCUACACGCCUCCGGUCCACAGCCCCAGCAUACAGAGCCCCGCCAUGGGACGGACAUUUUACAACAUUGAGCUCCCCAGCGCUGUGGGGGCUCGCAGCCCUCUGACCCCUCAGACCUCCUGUCCUGCCCGGGUGGCCUACACCAUCACAGACGGGGCCGAGUACUCGGGGAAUGUCUUCACCCAGGAAAUAAAGACUAUCUCAGGCUCUCACAGCUCCACACACCAGGAAAGACCUUUGGCCAUGAGCUGCUCCCCAGAGGCGGUGGUGGGGGUCUCCAGCCCCUUCUCCUCCCCCAUGGCUGUCAGUAAACCAUACAGCCCGAUCCCGGGUCAAGCUGCUCCUGUCAUUCGGACACAUUCAGGGCCCGAACCUCAGAUCCAGCCUCCUGCUGUUCUUUCUCCCCAUGCUAGAUCCCCUGCUAAAAUGAUGGAGACCGAACACAAACAGUCCACACUUCCAUCCAACUUGUGAGGUUCGGACACACCCUCCUUUAAUGCCCGGACACAAUGAAGGUCACCUCCUUAAGGCAUUGAUUUAUCCACUACUUUAAAGAAGGAGGGUGUGUUAUUCUUAUCAAAUUGGAGGCCGGUGGUUACAUUUGUAAUCAGACUGAAUGGACAAUUAUGGGUAUUUUUUCUACAGGAUAUCUUUGAAUAUAGUAAUAAAAUACAAAACCUAUUGAUAGGUAUAUAUAGCAGCUCAUGAAAAUAUCAAUUGUUAUAUGUAUUGUAUAAUAACCACACUCUGUGUUUUAAGUAUUUAGUUUUUAACCCACUGUCCAGAACAUUUUGUGUUACCUUUUAGCAACACCUGUUUAGUUGGAAAUUUGUCCAAAACUUUAUCCUGUUAUGGUUGAAAAUCAAAAAUGAUUGUCCUUUUUUAUGUCUUUUCCACCAACGAGUGUGUUGUGUGAAUGCAAAGUUUCCAAGAGGUUCGAGGAGAGACAGACUGUGCACUUUGCUCGUUUCAGAGAUCACCUAACGUGAUGACAGCAUGUCUUCCAAGAUAGCGUUUCAGCAAUAUUGCACACCCAAAAUGGGUCAUAAACAAAUCAGAUCACACUCUCAAAAACUGAAGUAAUGAAUGCAUGUAAUGUUUGUCUGUCUGAGUGCAAGAAGCGGUUCACAUUUUUGAAUGUGUUGAACUCGAGGGCGAUGAUGGUUUUUCUGUACAGUCCUGGAAAGUGUCACCCGUUUUAGACAAUUUCCAAAUACACUGAUGCCAACUCAUUCCUGCCAGACAAUAACUUCAGUAGAGAACAGUUGUUUGAGUGUCAUCAGCAUAGUAUGCAAUAAUCUGUGUUUUUCUAUGGGUAUACAAAGGUACUGUGAAUCGAAGCACUUGAGUGAGGUUCUGUUUUUAGUAUGAAAACAGAUUAAAAAAGGGAAUUACAUGGAAUCAAAGCAAUUGUGGAUAAUCAAACAUCCUGAAACCAGCAAUGCACUAAGACUGAUCCGAGUGUUUCUUGCACCAGUCAAAGGGCUAAAAAGCAGUUACUUGGACACGUGGUUGACAAGAAACCCUGAUGGGUCAUAUUGCUGCAUAUUUACCGCUUUCAUUUUACUUUUAAUUGAUUGUAAGGUUUGUUGUUGAACAAUUGCUCUGUGAUGCUAUGCUGCAUCAACAAGACGUGUAUCACUGACUGAUUUUUUUUAAAUCGGACUCUUGAAUCCUUCUACUUGUUAAUCAUUUCAUGUGUUUAGAUGAUACGUUCUCUUUCUCUGUGUGGAGCUGUGAGCAGGUCAAAGCAUCAGAGGAUCGUGCCGAGUGGCUUCAGCUGCCUGGUUACUGACCCUGAGGUUUGCAGUGACUCUGACCCCCCCACUCCUCGAGGGAGAAGAGAUACUAUCCGUCACUAACCACUCACUGCCAAUGGGCUCGAUCAAUCCCUCAUCACUAUUCUCCUCCACGCCCACACCACCUGAGUGUAGGGUUGCAACCGACCUAAAGGUGUGUGUAGGAAAGAAGGUGUCAGUCAUUCAUCUAUUUAUAUAUUUAUUUCUCAUUUUGAUGCCUUUUAACCAACAAAUCUGAGGAUUCCACCACCUAUGUAUGUUAGGUAUAUAUUUUAUUUUAGUUACUGAAUUCAAUGCAAUAAAAUACCAUAUGGUCAACGAUGCUCGUCCUAGCUGUUGAUUUAUUUUUCAAGAGCAGAGCGUGGGAUGUGAGGAGAAUCUGAUAAAACACUGGGGAAGUUUCAGACUUUAAGCCGGAUUAUAAAUGGACAACUGCACGGUGUUGUUCAGUGCUAACAGUCAAAAUAACCCGGAUUGUAAUCUGCCAGAUAUUUUUCUUGCCAGAACAAGGAAAAGUAUCUGCCAUGUUCAUCAAGUUGGUAAAUGCUGGAUUAGUGAUUAAAUAUAAAUUUGACCCCAUUCUUCUGGAGGUUUUAUUAAAAUGAGAUCCAGACAAAUGUUUUUUUUUUAAUGACAUUCAAGAAAAGGACAGACCCGAUGUUAAAUGUCCUGUUACAACUUCACAAGAUGGCGUCAUUUUGUAGUACGCAGUUAGUGUGCACAUUUUGAGUUACUUUAAUUUAGUAUAUUCAUUUUCCGAUUCUUUAUACUUCUACUUCACUACUUCAGAGGGACAUAUUAACCUCACUACAAAUAGUUGAUAAUGUUAAUUACUGGUAUUUUGCAGAUUGAGAUGUAUUAUACUAAAUAUAAUCAACAAAUAAUUAAUGAUGAUUUAUAAAAGAAAGUAUAAUUUAUAGCUUUACCCAAUUUACUAGCUUCACCAUUGCCAGUGUGAUGCUUAUUUAAAAAUACAGUCCAUAUAGCACUGACUUGUCCUUUAGGUAUUUAUUUAUGCUAAUGUUCACUACAAUAGAGUUUUUCUUGUAUUCCUCCUUUUUAUUCCUCUGAAAUAAUUUCCCUCGUUUUAGUAUCCGUCCCGUGAUUCCUGUCAUCUCCCCACUGGCGCCAUCUAAUGU